AGUAUCCUUUGAUUCUCAUAUUUCUGCCAGCUUUGACUCUUGUAUUUUCUGUGACUCCGUUAACUGGAGAAUCAACAUGUAAAGAAGUCAUCUUCAAGGAAAUCACGAAAUCAAAAUGCUUGAUUGAUCAGAUGAAAAUACAUAAAAACACAUCUUCUACUGAAGACUGUGCACUUCGGUGUAUUUUACACCAUAAGUGCCAUUAUUUUAGCUACUGUAAUGGCUCAUGUUAUAUGCACCGAUUGCUUUACGAAAAAGAAAUUAAAAAAGAUUAUGAUUGCAACUGUUCAUCGUAUAUUUUGCUUUCUGCAAACAAUAAAAACUGGCAGAGAGCAUUUGAGAUGACCAAAGAUUCAUUUAAAAGAAGCCCUAUUUAUUUAUACUGGGACAAAUUGCCUAUUGUAAAGGUCAGAUUUCGGUUGAGUAGAAAACAAGAUAAACGUAUAUUCAUUUUCAACGGUACAGGGACAAAUUCUACAUCGUGGUUCCAGAAAGACAAAGUCAUUACAAUUCUAUGGAACGGCUGGGAUCCACAGAACUUAACUUUCAAUGAGAAUUUCAGUCACCCGUAUUUUAGAAUCGAGGGUCCUUCUCAGACUACGAUAGAAGCCAAAAGAGAAAUCGGAAAUAAUGAAAAGUAUGAUAUUUCCGUGAAAAGUUUACUGAGGAAUUUAAGCAUCAGUUUCGAAACUCUGUACAUCACUGUUCUUUUCAAUUAGAAUAUACAUUAUUGGAAAAACUGCUUUUUUUUUUUUACAUCCACCCAUACAUACAUACAUACAUACAUACAUACAUACAUACAUGAUGGCCGUCCACUCGUGACCGAGGAAGACCAUUGCCAACCUUCAGGAACAUUGCGCGCUCUAGGACUAACUUAUAUUUUGCAUUUGCAGCUCCGUUGGUGGCUAAUGAGCCCUGCUCUUGACAAGCAUACAUACAUACAUACAUACAUGCAUUCAUACACACACACACACACACAUACAUACAUACAUACAUACAUACAUACAUAAAUAAAUACAUAGGCUUGUCAAAACUGGAAGGGAGAAAGCUAAUUCGAAGACUACAGAUCCAAUCCA